CAAGAAGACAUCACAGAUCGACUGCUUUUACAAGACGAAGAUGAGCAGCAAUCUUACUCCGUCUGAGUCUAAGGAGCCAAAGCUGAGGAUUGUGCUCGUUGGAAAGACUGGAGUUGGGAAGACUGCAGUCAUGAAUACCCUCCUGGGGAGACCUGGCUUAACUAAGUCAUCUGCGUCCUCGCAGACAACGGAGUGCACAAUGGGGAUAGGAGAGUUUAAUGGACAGAAACUGGUUGUUAUUGACACUCCAGGUGUGCUGAACACUGUGAGAACAAGAGACCAGGUAAAGGAAGACAUCGUGAAAUGCAUCGCAUCUGCUGCUCCUGGUCCUCAUGUGUUCCUGGUUGUGCUGAAGCCAGAAUGUCUGACAAAAUACGAUAAAAGUGUGUUGGAAACCAUCCAGAAGAUUUUUGGUAAAGAGUCCAAAAAAUACACUUUGGCCUUGUUCACCCGUAGAGAUGAAAAUGAAAUUACUGAUGAAGACAUACAGGAAAGCUUCGUCAGUGAAUACAUUGUUGGACACUAUUCUUUUGACAACACUGGCAAGAAGUCGACCAACCAAGUGGCUGAGCUGCUGAAGAAGAUCAACAACUUGGUUGAAAAUAACAAGGGGGGGCAUUACACCAAUGACAUGUUCAAAAAGGCCCAGGAAAUCAAAGAGCAGGUAAUGGGUAAAGUAGAACCUGAUAGCAUGACAGUGCAUGAUAUUGUACGUGACACAGCUAUGGGUAUUUUAACUGGGACGGCGGGCCCAGAAAUGGCACGUUUAGUGCUGGAUUUUGUUGACUUUUGGGUAAAGAAAGUUGCUGAGCAUAUUACAUAGUGAAUUACCCACAGUAAGGUGAAGAUGCACCAAAAUUCAAAACAUUUUGAAACGGGACAUUUUUGGAAUUCUUAUGGAAAAUUGCCUUUCAAAACACUGUACAUUUAUACAUUUCUCUAUGCCCAUUGUAUGUGGUAAUACAUGGAGCAUAAUUUAUAACUACUGAUUGUGUGAUUUGAAUGCUUAUAAUUUAGCAAAGAUGCAGCAGACAUGAAAGGAACAGCUCCUAAAGCUCUUGCACUCAGGAGGUCCCAGGAGUUAUUUUAGUAAUCAGAAGGAGUAAAAUUCAAUUUAUAAUUAUGUAAAUUGAUGAAAUUUGAAAUAUAUGGUAUGUUCCGAAAUAAUGCCUUGACAUUAGCAGCUAGAGGUUGUGUUUUUCUUUCAGCUGUGCAUUAUUAUUAUGGUUAGCGGGAAAACCCAACUGUUGACAUCCAACUCUGCAUUUCCGCACAUCAGCUUGACAUAGUAACAACGUGUAACAACAAAUACAUUUUGAACAAAAAACAAUGUCAGCCACAAAGGACACACUUUUAAAUGCAUAUUGAAAUGCUCACUGACAAACCUGAGCAAACACGCUCUUUCAAAAACAUGGGAAGAAGGCUUACAAUUAUAAUAAUUCUAUAAAAAUAUUUGUGAACAUAUAGUUAUGAUUAUGAAAUUACUCUAAAUAUAGUUUGCUCCUAUAGUUUGCACCUCCUAUAUGUUGCUCCUUGUCUUUUUCCCCAUGUUUUUGAAAGAACUAAAACCAAUUUGCUAAGUGUUCACAGGGUUAGAUACUUGUGAAAGGCAUCUGAAUGCAGCAUGAGAAAAGUUACGUUGACUCUAGGUUCAAUUAGUUUUCCUCAGACAGUGGUUACAUUUGUAUGUGGGGCCCAUGUGGGUAGUAUGUGCCUGAAAAAUGGGACACACAUGGGACUGUUUAUGGGUUGAAUAAUGGCCCCAUGACAAUUGCUAACAUGCAAAGAUUAUCCAGGUUAUCCAAGAUGUCUAUGGCCAUACCCAUUUGGUACCCAGCUCAUUCCUGUCUUGUCUCGUCAGUACAUGAUGCAAUAAAGGUAAAAUGCAAUAAAUGAAUGUAUGAAAUAAUGUAGCAUUAAUCAAAUGUUAAUAAGAAAUGUUUAGAUAGAAGUGCCUCAGGUCAUUCCUGAACUCUUUCUUGAGACAAAUACUGAUGUGUGGAAUAAUUUUCUUUUAGGAAUAUGUUUUUUAUGCAGCACAGCAAAUAAAGGAUGAUGCAAAAGUA